GGGCCAGCUGUUGGCCAGCUGAUUGUGGUACACCCGGCUUCACCCCGCUUUAACUAACACAAAAUCCUUGCCAAAAUAAGGAGGGUAGACAAAAUAAGAAAUUCUGUGUUAUGAUACAGCAUGGGGCACUUCGUAGUUUUUGUAGCAAAUUCUUGUUGAACUCUCUGAAAGCCUAUUCCAAUAGUUUCAAGCUUUUGGCUAAUUUUAUAGGCAUAGCGAAGCGGAUAAGCAGUAGCAAAUUCUGCACAAUGGAGAAAGCCGGCAAUUCCAUGAUUGAUGCUCCUAGAACGUUGAAAAAUCCCCUUGUGUGGAUUGAUCUUGAGAUGAGUGGGCUCAACGUUGAGACUGACAAGAUUUUGGAAUUUGCCUGUCUUCUUAGCGACGGUCAGCUGGAAAAUGUUAAAGAAGGUCCGUCGUAUGUUAUCCAUCAAUCGGAUGAUGUUUUAGACAACAUGAAUGAAUGGUGCACAAACCAGCAUUCGAAGACUGGACUGACUGAAAGCUGCAGGAAAAGUACAGUCUCGGAGGCAGAUGCAGAGAAAUGGGUUAUGGAAUUCCUUGAAGAAAAUGGCAUCAAGCAAGGUGAAGCUCGAUUGGCUGGAAAUACUGUGUACAUGGAUAGACUUUUCCUAGCUAAAUACAUGCCAAAAAUUGACCAACAUCUCCACUACAGGAUUGUUGAUGUUUCAUCGGUGAAAGAGUUGUGCAAGUAUUGGUACCCUAGCAAGUUUUACCAAGCUCCUAACAAGGAAGGCAAUCACAGAGCUAUGGAAGACAUUUAUGCCAGCCUCAAGGAAUUGAAAUACUAUCGAGAGAAAAUUUUUGUUUGAAAAUCAUAAAUGAACUUGUGCCAGAAUAAUUUUAUUUUGAAAUA